GUGAACUUUGUCUCAGUUCCUCUUUACAAAGGAAAGUAAGAUUGCUGGUUUCUGAACUCAGAAUAAAGUGUUAUGUUUGGCUGUUUAUCUGUGUGUAAAUGUAACCUGAUCAAACGGAGAAGGUGCGUCUUUUAUCUUGGCAGGACAGGAAAUGAGUUCAGUAAAUAGUUGGAGUUGAUAAUCUGAGACAUCUUAAGGGUGUAGUCUAAAGGGAAGUAGCUCUGGAAAGUGCAACCAGGCGGCGGCAGCAUGGAGGGCAGUGGAUCGGAACCAGCUGCCACCCCCGGCAGCCGGACAGCCAAACACAGGUCCAUUGUGGAGCGGCUGUCCCGGUACGGCAUGCUGGUCAUGCCCGGAGCGUCCCAGCGUAGGAGGCUGCAGAGGCAGCCAGAGGUCAGCGAUGGCUCCGCUCCAGCAGCGCUUCAUGCCGACAGAGACGCUCCGGAGAGGGGCUCACUGCCACCGGCUCUGCGGAAAAAGUAUCUGAAAGAGUUGCUCCUCAGCAGCUCAUUUAACAGCGUGGAAACCCUGUCCACGGAGGACACAGAGUGGGCUCUAUACCCCAUGGAGCACGCGUGGAUGCUCUUAGCGGUGGAGGGGAACUAUGAAACCAUCCUGGACUUUCUCUCCGAGGACCCUCACCUGCUGAGCAGGAAGGACUUCAUCAGCGGAUACUCGGUGCUGCACUGGCUGGCAAAGAGAGGACAGGACGAGGUGAUGCUGAAGCUGCUGCGCUUCGCGGAGCGAGCUGCGGUGCCUGUCAACGUCAACAUGCGGGGCAGCGGCGGCCUGACCCCGCUGCACGUCGCCAGCAUGCACGGCCGCUUCGCCGUCAUCAAGCUGCUGGUGGGAGCUUUCGGAGCCGACGUGGACGCCAUGGACUACAGCGGUAAGAGACCGUGGCAGUACCUGAAGGAGGACGCCCCGCUGGAGAUGAAGGAGCUGCUGGGAACCUGGGACGAUGAGCACAGCUGCGGCGAGCACUUGAACAGGAAUGGGAAUAACAACUGCUCUGGAGCUGGGAACCUGGCACCAUGUGAGGAGCUGGAUGCUGGAGAACCAGAGGAGCUGACAGACUUUGGCAAAGCAAAGGCAGGCAGUUGGAGAUUUGGCUCUUUAAGGAAGCUGAUUCCUUCCUUUUCAUUUGCUGGGAACAAGAGCUGAGAAUAGUCAGUUAAAUUUACAGGGUGGCUCCAGAACCAAAAUAAAA